AAUAUUAUGGGCAUAACCAUAACGCAUUAACGCAUGACUUUGUGUUUUGCUGAUGCCUGAUACUCAAGCCCGGCACGCUCUGUUCAAAUAUAUUUCAUUAUUUUAAUUCGCCUUUAACGUAGUUCUCCUGGCACUGUUUAUUGGUUUACAUUAGGUAUUUUUACAAUAAAAAUCGUUCACGGAUCGGUCGUAAUUAGAUAGCUACAACAUUAGUCAGGUACGGAGGAGACGUGCUCAUAUCAAGCUACAUUUUUGUAAACCGAUAAAGUUACAGUCACCUUUCGUUCGGCGCCCCUAAUACUCGUGCUUGUUUUCAUCACUAUUAUUAUUUGUUCGUCAACAACGUAUUUUGUGAAUCCAAAUACAAAACUGCUAGCACCGAAUACAUGAUGGAUAUUGAUAUGGAUUUUGAAAGUCGUUUGAAAACCUUUAAUGAAAAUUGGAGUCUAACUUUUAUAACACCUUUUGAAAUGGCCCAAGCUGGUUUUGUUUACUCAGGCGAUAAACAUGUAGUGAGAUGUAUUACUUGCAAUAUAAGACUUUCUACAUGGCGUCGUGAUGAUAAUCCAUUAUGUAUACAUUUUAGAAUGGCUACUAAUGGAUGUGGAUUUCUUCGAGAGUCUAUGAUGACAAGUAGAGGUCGUAUGAAUACAUUUAAAAACUGGCCUGUUAGCUUUUUAAAACCUCGUGAUAUGGCCCAAGCUGGUUUUGUUUACACAGGUCUUAGAGAUAAGGUAAAGUGUUUUACGUGCUUGGAAGAAUUUGAUAGAUGGGACAAAAAUGAUACUCCAAUGGGUGAACAUAUGAAUCACAGUUCACAAUGUCCAUUUGUGAUUUCAUACAAAAGACAUUUUAAGAAUCCUCUUCUCUAUGGCUUAACCAGUUUACAAGUAAAAACGAUUGAAGAUAAGUUACAUGAUGAGGGUAUUGUGCUAUUCAUAAAUCCUUUAUUUUAUGAAACAAUGGUUUCCUUAAAUGCCCGCCUCAAUUCAUUUAAUAGAUGUGUGAUAUUAUUGGAACUAGAUAUUAAUGCAGUAUGCAAAGCUGGAUUUUUUUAUUCGGGCAAUGGUUAUACUGAUAGUUUGACUUGUUUCUAUUGUGGUGUUACUACCUUUCAAUGUUAUGAAGACUUUGAACCAUGGGAAGUACAUGCCGAAAUAUCGAAAACUUGUAAUUAUUUGUUUUUAAUGAAAGGCAAAAGCUUUUGCGACAGGGUGAAUGCCGUGAAAAGCGAUGAAAUAAAAUCCAAUCAACUGGAAUUAUUCAAGUUGAUUGUUGCGAAGAAAAAUAAACUCACUCUCAAAUCUAUAAUGAGUAUACAAUCAACAAAAAAGCAUUUUAAGGAGAUAAAAAUUACCAAAAUAUUAUCUGAUAAAAUUGAGGAGCAUCUUUUUCAAAAACUAGCACCUAAUUUAUUGCCAGAUAACAUGUUAUGCAAAAUUUGCUAUAGGGAAGAAAUCGAAAUUGCUAUUGUCCCUUGCGGUCAUGCUAUUGCCUGCAUUGAAUGUGCUUUAUCGUGUGAUUAUUGCUCUAUGUGUAGAAUGGCAUGCACAAGAUUAAUGAGAAUACAUUUAUGUAUGAAUAAAGAAAAUGAUGAAAAUCUCAAACUAAAACCGUGCACUUCAAAAAUGUCUUCAGACGAUGAACUGAACCCAAAGCUUUGCAAAGUUUGUCGUAAAGAAGAAAUGUCAACAGUAUUAUUACCUUGUAGACAUGUCUAUACCUGUGUCAAAUGUGCAGAAGAAACGAGUGAGUGCCUUUUUUGUAGAGAAGAUGUCUAUUCUUUUAUUAAAAUAUACUUAUAAGCUUUACAUAAUACAUAUGUUUUUUAUUUUUGAGACUUAUGUCUACUAAUAAAAUGACACAUUCUUAAUAAUAAACAAAGUACAAAAUAAUAACAAUACAACUUAAAGAGUUUCAUAAUUGUAAAAUAAAUAUUUAUUAUCAGUAUUUUUAUUAUUAAUAGUCCUCAUUAUUGUAUGUCUGACUAGAAAUACCUUAUUGUUUUUAGGUAAGUGUUAACAUUUAAUGCAUUAAUGAAUCAUUUUAUAUAACUUAUUGUUUUAGUUUUUUAAGUAUUAAUUUAACUUGUGUAUUAUAUUUUUUUUUUUUGUGGUGGUCGAAGUCGGUUAAAUGAAUGGUCCAAGUAUACUUUCUAAAAUAUACCUAAUAGAGAUAUUUUUGAAAUAUAAAUAUAUUUCUUUGGUGUGAUAGAACACUAUUUCUUAAUUUUAAAAAUUUUUACAAUGACUUGAACCACACUUUAAUUAUAUGUAGAUAUGUGUUUAUGUUUUUUUACAUUUAUUUGAAUUCAUUAUUUUACAUACAUUUUUUAUUAAUAUUUUUAAUUAACUUAUGUAUUAUUUAAGUGUGUAAUAUUUAUUAUAAAACUUAUAUUUGAUAGAUAUAUUAUUACUACCUAUAUUAUAUUUUAUAUUUGUAAAAAACAUUUA